CACGCGCAACCGUCCCCCCAAGCGUUCUAGCUCCCACAACUCCGAGCCCUCCUCCUCCUCCUCCUCCCCUCCCUCUCUUCCUCUCGUCCACUCGCCAUCACAAUCAUACGACCCUACGCUAAAACACCUUCAGACCGCCCAGCCUGCCCAGCCUGCCCACACCCACACCCACACCAUCGCCAAUUACUUUUCGAUUUUUUUCUUCUGCGUGGUGUGGUCCGAUCGACUAGGGAAUCCCUUCCCCGCAGACCGCCUUACUUUGACCGACUGUCUGGUCCACAUCCUGUCCUGCUAGUCCUGUCAAAACCCGCAACCACCGCUCUUUCGACGUAACCACUUCCGCCGCGAGCAAGACCGAAGGAGAAAAAAAAAAAAAACAGGUCGACACCCUGACGCCUGUCCCCUCGCUUAGGUUGUUCUAACCCACGACACGACACGAAAGCGACGGGGCGCAACUGCGAGGAAGGACAUGCUCGCGAUCCGACCGAUGCCCGGCACCCUGUCUGCGAUGAGAAUAUCUGAUGCUGGUCUCUUCGAUGCUUGAUCCAACAUGGCUUUCAACUUCAACUGGUCGCCGCUCACCGCCGACGCCGACUUCUACAGCCGCGCCCAGGAGCUCCUGACGAACGCCCUCAACAAAUCCCCAAAGCCGCCCAUCAUCGUCGAUGACAUCCUCGUCACCGAGUUCAACCUCGGCUCCGUCCCACCCGACCUCGAGAUACUGGAGAUCGGCGACCUGGCCGAGGAUAGGUUCCGCGGCAUCUUCAAGAUGUGCUACUCCGGCGACGCCUUCUUGACCUUGCGGACGAGGGUUCAAGCAAACCCCCUGAACACCUAUCUCUCCGCCAAGCCAACCUUCACGUCACCGCAGCCACUUGCGGCUGCGGCCAGCCUAACGAUACCUCUGUCCAUCACUCUCUCCGAGAUCAAGUUGUCGGCUUUCAUCAUCCUAGUCUUCUCCAAGCAGAAGGGCCUCACCCUUGUUUUCCGAAAUGAUCCGCUCGAGUCCCUCAAGGUCUCUUCGACCUUCGACUCGAUCCAGUUCGUUCGAGACUACCUUCAGAGAACCAUUGAAGGCCAGCUUCGAAACCUGAUGAUGGAUGAGCUUCCCGCCAUCAUCCACAAACUCUCCCUACGCCUCUGGUGUCCCGACCAGCUGCCGAGGGAAGAGCUGAUGCCGAAAGAGGGCGCCGAGGAUGAAGCUGUCAUAGAUCCCUUUGCCAACCCUCCCCCGGAAGCCGUGGACUCGAACGGACAUGUGCUCGACGCCAACGAGGUGGCCUCGUUGUCUUUGAGCGGCGGUUCGGAGACGCAGUCGCUGUUUUCUCAGAAGAACUUGCUGAGACUGGCGGCCCUGACCGACUCCCAGCGGACCCUAUCGCUGUUUACCCCCGGCAUCCGCGACGUGAUAUUCAGGGCGUGGGCCGGGGUAGUGGACCGUCACGAAACGGGAUACUCGACGCCAAUCUCGCCUCCUAAUUUGAUGCGCGCACAAUCCUUCCAGGGGAGUAGCACCACGUACACUUUCACCGAUACAGGAAGCAUAGACCAAGGCAGUCUACCUUCCCGACCAUCUUUGGCCAGUCUCCACUCGGCUACGACGGGACUGGCCUUGGGCGCCGGUCGACAUUCAAGAAGCUCGCGCCGAAAGAAGACACGCGUGGUCAACCUGCGACGCAGCAAAGCUACAAGUGAGUCUAGCAGUGAGCUGAGCGAGAGCGUGUCGGACGUCACUUCCACGGCCAGCCCGUAUUCCGACAUAAUCUUGCCGACUUCGAUUCCGGAAGAGCCCGACGAGGACGUGAUAGGGCCCGGGGAGGUGGAGGGUAGGAUGCGAUUCAGGUCCAAUAAAAGCGCACUGCCUGCCCGGCCUCCCCUGAAUCUGGACAUAUAUAACGACCCGGCGAUGGACCACGAGCCUUCGGCCAAGCCGGCCGUCGAGGACGUCCUACAGGUCUCCUCGGCUCAGCCGGACAAGGGUCAGGAAACCUCUCCUACUUUUCCUUCCAAGGGUCUAUUCGGGCCAGAUCGGUCCCGGCCGAUGAGCUCCGAGACGUCGUCCGUCAUCCUCGAGCAGGCCUGGAUCAUGAAGAUGGCCGGAGAGAUCGCGCGUCGCGUGUACGACGAGAAGCAGCGCAACGCGAAGUUAUGGGCCGAGUGCGACGACACUCCUCCCCCGUAUCAAGCGACGCAAUAGAAGGGCAGCCGGAAGACACGACACAAGCCGAUCAUGGAUACAUAUUCUUUUUUCGUUUGUCUAAACGGUAGACUGCAUAUAACGGGCACAUGGCGUUACCACAGGAUAGUUGCGAAAGCGAGCCAGCGAUGGAGAUAUCCGCGUGUUUCUUGAUGUUUAACGCACGGUGGCCGCGGUCAGCAAGCACAGGCGUUUUCUCGGGGUGCCGGGUGCCGGCAGGGCGAACGGGUCUAGAAAAAUUAUAGGAGCAUGCAUGUUGAACAAUGCGCGGGUCUCGGCGGUGCAUCGGGAGGAGGGAAGAGGGUAUUGGAUAACCAAAAAAAGGGAAGGGAGGAUAACGGAAGGUCAUGGUGAGAGUUGAGAGGGACCGGGGAAAGGUGGAGGUAACUCGCGGCCUGAUCCGGACGGAAAUUGCAUCAGAACUCUCUCUCUUUUUUUUUUCAAACCCACUUUUUACUCUCUCUUAUACCCCUUCUUUCUUCUGUCUCUGCCUUUUUGACACUUUGUUGAUGAAAUGACGACUCACACACACAUUCUCUCUCUCGUUACGAAACGUCUUCCUAGGGGGGGGGGUUCUAGAUUGGAGAUUGGGGAGCAGACGCAGACAGACAGACAGAACAGACAUAUAGUGAUGACGAGACCAGUACAUAUUACGGUCUAGAGGGUUGGG